AUGCUGGGCAUUCCACACCCGAUGGGUCUGGACUUGAGAGCCACGGCUCACGAGGAGGAGGAAUCGCGAGAGGUGACACAAGCGGAGGUGGUGGUAUCGAAGGAUCCAGUCGACACUCCGUCGACAUUGGCGGCGGGAAUAAUGCUGGAGCUGCGCAAGCGGAGUGCGUCCGAGGCCGUUUCCCCCUUCUCCCCUCAAGCGGACGAAGAGGAGGAGGCCACUCCGCCACCAGGCGCAGUCGCGGGAGCAGGGGAGGCCGUGGGGAUUAGCGCGCAUGGUGAUUUCCCCUCGCCCGGGGACCCGCGCGAGGACUCCUCCGCGGGAUCGAGGCGUCCGCCGAAGUUCCGCCUUCCAGGCUCGAAGCUCGAGUCGAUGGAUGAGAACGGCCCCGUCACUCUCACAGCAGUGCCUCGCCGCACACGCACUGUGUUCGUGCUCGCGCACGUCGUUGUCAUGUCUUGUUGUACCAUGUUCCUUUGCACUACGAAGGGCUUCACGUGCCUGAUUGCUUAG